AUGCUGCCCCAACUGCCCCUCCCCGUUCAGAUCUUCGCCGCCGCUGUGAUCUUUUUCCAUUUAUCAGAGUUCGCCCUCGCCGCGAUCUACAUGCGCUCCAGCCUCUCCUGGACAUCAUUUCUCAUCAGCACACCAUAUUGUGUUGCCAUGGCUCUUGCACUUGCUGAGUACACAAUCGAGGCAGCUCUGGUCCCAGCUAUGAAAGAACAGUUGGUCAUCUGGGUUGGACUGGCGCUGGUGGUGGUUGGAGAUGCCAUAAGGAAAACAGCAAUGGCCGCAGGGUUUGGAACCAUGAUGUGCUGUGGAUUCCCGUCGCAUCCAAGAGGUUACUGCAGGCAGCAACUUCACGCACGCGCUAUUGAAGGAGCAUCACGUGGAGCACAAGCUUGUUUCUCAUGGGAUCUACAGGUGUGGAAGUUCUUUUCACUCAGAACUGAGAUCGAGGAGUCCCAUUUGCGCGAUUUCUUCCCUGGCGAGUAUGAUGAAUACGUGAAAAAGGUACCAACGGGUGUGCCAGGUUGGCCUGGACCGAGUGCGUACCAGUAUCAUUGA